CACAACAACGGAGCAGUUGCCACAGACGACACACCAGAAACCAAAGAAACAGCGUACAAGUAAGCGAGCCAUCAAGCGGAAGUCACUGAAUCAGAAGCCAACUAGCACCAGCAUAUACACAAACUAACUACGCUCAGCGAGUCACGCACACACACACACACAACAGAACUAGCUAAGUGUUAGUGCGAUAAGGUUAAGAGCGCGCUCACACAUACACAAGCCGAACUCAUACAGAUACAGUCAGCACCACUUUUGUGCCUGGGAAGUCGAGUGAAAGACACUUUGGAAAUUGAGUUGCUCGCGAGUAGCCAAACCAGAAAUCAGUUUGAGUCGAGACGUUGUCCGAGUAACAUUGACAGCUAGUGCGGACGUCGAGUGUUCUAUAAAAACAACAAGAGUCGUCAUCAACUCGUUAAAGCAAAGACGUAAUUUUGAGAUUUAAGAACUAAGUUCAGUGAGCUAACAAAAUUUAAGCGGAGAAAAUCCAGAGUUUAUCCAAACAAGUGAAUAUACAAACAAAUAUGUCCUCCAGAUCGGCUUCGCCACUGAGCAACGUGACGGUGGACGACGAGAUAAGCAUAAAAGAGCACGAUUUUGCCCCAGAGUACCUGGUCAUCAAAGAAGAACGCGAGAGCAGCAUUUCGCCCAUAUUGACACCGCCGCACACGCCGACGGAAGAACACACACGCGCACGCCACCAACAGCCAACACACAUGAGCAGCAUAACGCUCUACGAGAUGGAGCAACAACAAUUGCAGUCACAGCAACUGCAGUUGCAACAACAACAACACCCACAGAUGCCACUGUUGCAGCCGCCGCCACAAGCGCAGCGCCGUCCCUAUCCCACCGCCAUGCUAGAAGCACAACAAUUGCAGCAACAGCAGGCGGCACAGCAGCAGCAGCAGCAACAACAGCAUCGUUUGUGGUUGCACAUGCAGCAGCAGCAGCAUCAGCAGCAACAAGCCGCUGCCGCCUAUGCUUACGGUCAUGCGGCGCAAUUUUUGCCCGGUUCAACGGUGGCCGCCGACGCGGUGCAACAACAUCAGGCGUUGCUCAUGAACCAGUGGCUGCGCAGUGCCGCGCUCUACCACCAGCACCCGCACGCACCGCAUCCACACGCAAUGCCAGCAGGCGCUGCUGCACCCCAUAUGCGCCCCUAUCCCGCGCUCCACCCACUACAUCCCGCCGCACGCCUCGGCCUGCCCGCGGCCAUGAAGUUGGCCGGCGCUACACCCGGUGCCGGCAGCCGCCCAAAGAAGCAGUUCAUUUGCAAGUACUGCAAUCGCCACUUCACCAAGUCGUACAACCUGCUCAUACAUGAACGUACACACACCGAUGAGCGGCCGUAUUCGUGCGACAUUUGCGGCAAGGCAUUCCGGCGACAGGAUCACUUGCGCGACCACCGCUACAUACACUCCAAGGAGAAGCCGUUCAAGUGCAGCGAUUGCGGCAAAGGUUUCUGCCAGUCGCGCACGCUCGCCGUGCAUAAGGUCACGCAUUUGGAGGAGGCGCCACACAAGUGCCCCAUCUGCCAGCGUAGCUUCAAUCAGCGCGCCAACUUGCGCAGUCAUUUGCACAGCCAUACCGAGGCGCAAUUGGCCGCGAUCAAGCAGUGCAGCAGCGAUGCCAAGUGCAGUGACUUGACCAUGUCACCGGAUGAUGUGCCAACAACAACGCUGAACAGCGCGCCCAGCAGCACCGCGACAACACCCAUACUUGAUCUCUCCGCCUCGGGUGUGCAGCGUAUCAAUUGCUGUCAGCGACCGAAGCGCGCGCUUGGUUUCAGCAUUGAUGAAAUCAUGAGCAGGUAGACGGUCACAGUCGCAGCAAUUGCAAAUAGACAUUGGUGCAAGUUAGCAGAGCGCGGCAGCAGCGACUGUGAAAAGUUCGCAAUGAAGGCUGCAAGUUCCCAAACGAGCGCUGCGGCGGCGACGGAAGGCAGUUGGCUUGUCAUGUACAUAUAUAUGGCGGCGGCGCGUUACGUUCCGGCAUGGACGGCCACAGCCCGCGGCUGGACGAGCGGUGGCGACAAAGGGCCGCAUGGCGGCUGCGCUUCUGGAUUCCCGAUCCGCUGCAGGUUGUCGGCCAUUCAGUGUUCACAACAAAAGUUCCCAGUUAUGACCCGUAAAGAGGCUGUUUUGUCUCAUGGUUGGAGACACUAACACACACACACACACACACACAACUUAAUUCAAGUCAUCAUUACCCAUUAGUUAAAUGCAUAGUGAAUCACAAACACACAAACUCACAAACAUGAAGAAAUGUUUAGGUUUAGCCACAUAGAUUUAUUUAAACUAAAAUAAAAAUACAACAACAUAAAGUAAAAAUGCCAAAGCAAAAGUAUUUAUGGAAAGGCCGUUUCGCGCGUUUCACUUAAUUUAUGAGCGUCUUCGACACAAGCGAUCGUCGUCGGCGCAAGAGAUAAACACACCGCACCAAGCACCUUUGCAAAUGCACAUGAAUACACACGCAACUGUAUGCAUGUAUACAUGUAUGUAUGUAUGUACGUAGGCCAGUUAUAGUAGGUACAAGUUAUUUUAAUUUAAAUUGUAUAAAUGUUUGUAUGUAAUUUGUUAUAUGAUAAAUUAGCGAAUUUUUUGUUUCUCCAGUUUUUGCUGUACCUAAUAGUUGUAGGUUGUAAUUUAGAAAAAAUCGCCGAUUUCACGGCUUCAUAGACUGCUUUAUUUAUACUUAAAUGUAUGUAUGUAUUGAAAAUAUUCAAAUCAAAU